AUGCCUUUUAACAACUUCUUUUGGGACUUCAAUGGCUCCACUCACGUUGUCUUGUGCAUCGAGACAUCAAGCCCGGCAAUAUCGGAGUUAGCUUUGGGCAUCUUCAUGUUUCAAUCCUCGACCUUGGUUCGAAAUGGAGCUCGAAGCUAUAAUGAGGAAGUCGAUAUUUACGCGAGUAGCCUUUUUGGGUGCGAAAUCUUCUUAGACCAUCAUCCUUGGCUGCUGUCUGUUAAUCCAUGGCGCCCUGAUAAGAAUCCAAGGCUUAGGGAGUACAAAUCACGUCAUGAGCAGUCCCUAAGGUCCUUGAAUCACAAGACAGGGGCCAAAAGUGCUGAAAAACUUCGUCCCAUUACGCGCGAUAAGAGUGGCUGGGGGUUUAUGGAGUGUUUCUCCUUGGUGGUGAAUGCUUAUCGGAAGAUCUUUUGUUUCCAAUUCUGA